AAAACGACAGCGAAGAAGAAAGAAGGCGUUUGUUAUUAACCGCGCGCGAAAGAAAAAUGGCGGAGCUGCAAAAUCAGAGGUGUCAGACAGACGAUGGGCUUGACACGGGUACAGCAGAGGACGUUUCACAAGGGACCAAAAGACAAUUGGACAGAACCCAGAGUCCCGAACCUCCCCCGAAGUCUCCUCGCACUUCAUCUCCCGCAGCAGUCGUCGCUCUUUUAGAAGAGAAACGGCCAGAAGACCAAGAUGCAGCUCAUGCAGACGUCACGCCGAGAGAGACGACGACUGACGCGUUCGCCGCUCCUGAUCUCAGCCCUCGCUCACGGAGAAAAUCCUGGAGGAGGUCGACUAGAGGCAGGGCGUCGCUCCCUGCCAUCCCCAACACCUCCCAGUCUCUGUGCAAAUCCAUCAGCCUGGACCUGAGUGAUGAAGAGAGGCUGGAGAAACUCAUGGAAGCGGCAAUGCAGGUUACAGUGAAGAGGCUGCAAAACACAUUGCGUACCAUCCCUGGUGCUGAUUUGGAGGCAUUUCAAACACAAGUUGACUCCCUGCAGACUGAGUGGUCGAGUAUGGCUAAAACCAUCAGUGAAGAAAGUCAGCUGUCGUUCUCCAGCACCAGCAGCGAUCCUGCCGUUCAGAGAGCCAUCGGACGUGCAAAGGAGGACCUGAACAGGUUGCAGGCUGAGAGUCUGUCCUGGGAGUCGCUCCUAAAUAAACAUCGCUCCAAAUCGGAGGAGUUGGCCAAAAGAGUGGAGGAAGGACAGGAGAGAGGUGUGAAGCUGGACCCGUCCUGCCUCGCUCAGUCCUCUCAGAGCAAACUGAUCCUGAAUAAACCCGAUUACCACGCAGUGCUGCAGAGACAACAGAGAGUCCUCAACACUAUGGAGCUGGUGUUGGAGUCUCAGUGCAUGAUGAUGAGGGCGCUCCUGUCCUUCCAGGAGGACUCUCAGUUACUGGUGCAGGAGACCAGCGCCCGACUGGCUCGAAGCGCAGGAUUCCAGGAUCUCCCAUCAUCCCCGGUGAAGACGCUCCUAAACCUCCCUCAGUCCGCCACGUCAUCUUAGUCAAGGUUCUCCAACGUUCUCGGUAGACUUGUCCCGUAUGUCUUACCAGGACGACGGAUACAGUUCGACCCGACCCAAAUAUAACAAAAUAACGAUACACAAAGACCUGUCCUCAAUAUUACAGUCUAGUUUUGCUCAUUCAGCACUUGCGAAACGUCAGGGCCGUUAUGGAACGUACAUCAUAUGUAAAUAAAUACAUCUAGUAUGUAAAUAGUCGCUUCUUUAGCGCUCAUGUUAUUCAGUAAUAGGCUUUUCUGAGUAUCAUACACGUGUUAUGUCAUGAUAUCGGUAUCGUAUUAUAUAUGAUCGUUUUGCCCGGCCGUAGUGUGUGUUUUGCGUCUUCUAUACACCUUUCUUUUCCCGAGGGGCGGGGGGAAAAAAAAUAUUUUGUUGGUAAACAUGUACAUGUUUAAAUCUUUAGUUAAAUCAUUUUAAAGGUGUCAUGUUAAGAGCUGAAGGCUUUGCUGUUUAAAAUGGAGCGUGAUUGCUGGUGUCAUCUGUUUCCUAAAUGUGUUACAUAAUUAUAUACUCAUUAUAACAGCAGGUAAUCAUUACCAGAGAUAAACUGCAGCAACAUUUCACGAAAACAGCUCGGCAAGAGCUGGACACUAGAUGGCAGUGUGAUUCAUUUAUACCACAAAUAAAACCGUACGAAUCCAGAUCACAUGCGACUUGUUUGUCUGCGGUCCAUCAUUGUUGGUUUUCUCAAACGUUAGUUUGAAGAGAGGUGGAUUUGGGAAGACGCGCACGGAUUUUUACUAUAAAAUGAAAUACUUUGUCUUUGCAUGGUGGUUUGUUUGUUUGUUUGUUUGGGUCCCCCCCCCCCCCCCCUGUUUUUACACUACAGGUUCCCAACCCUGUUCCUGGAAAACAUGUUUUACUGUUUUUCUCUGCUCCAAAACACCCAUUUCAUUUCAGGAAGGGCUGUUAUAAAUCAUAAACGUGCAGGUCACCGGGGUACUCCACAAACAGAGCUGGAAGCCUGUGCAUCGUAUUAAUUACAGCCGACUUUAACGGCGUUUGAUCUGUAGCCCGUUUUUUUUUUUUUUUUUUUUUUUUUGUGCAGUCGCGAACGAAAAUUUCACAUCGUAAAAAAAGAACCCGUGAGUCGAGAGAUCGGUUUUAGAACGAAUAACGUGACGACGCACCCAAAGACAACGUCCUGGCAAUGUUGAAAACGUUUGAUUAAGAUCUCGGGAACGUGAGCUCUUGUACGACGGUCGCCUGAAACGCGCCAAUUGCAGGACUGUACAGGAUGAAACUCCCGGGACUGCUACGAAUACGGUAGCAGCGGUGGCUUAAAACCUCAACGAAACAUGCUAAUGAACAUUUCCGUUGUCGCGAGCCCGGAUCUCGCCGACGCGUGACGUAGUCUUUAAUCACAGGUCUACCGUUAGAGGAUCUUCAUCUGAGAAUCUGACGUAUAGAACGCGUGACCAUGCGUUUAUUUUAUUUUAAUUUUUUUUAUAUAUAGAAUUCAGCUAAUCGCAGUGUAAAGCAGGUUUAUGCCAAAGUGUGACGGCGGGAAAAACAAGCACAUUUUCCACUAUUUUAUAUCACAGCUUCCCAACUCUGGUGCUGGAGAACCGCUUGUCCUGCGUUCUUUCCCUGCUCGAGGUGUGUUCGAGCGAGGAAAGCUAGCAAAUGUCCAGGACUUGGGUUGAGAAUCUGUGUUUCAGACAGGUUUAGUGGGGAACUGGUGCCACAGCGGUUAAGGGGUCUGGGCUAUUGAUCCGAAGGUCACGAGUUCAAAUCCCAGCAGCACCACGGUUCACGGUUCUUGAACAAGACUUGUAACCCUCAGACUACUCAACCGUGUCCUGUCUCAAUUGUAAGUCGCUUUGGAAAUGAGCAAAUGUCAAUAAGACUGAAAGAAAAAAAGUUUUAAACUCUUAAGAAUUUUUUUUUUUUUUUUUAAGUAGCAUCCAGUCUUCUGUUUAGGUCUGGAAGCGUAACAUGGUAUUAAUGUUCUGUGUUGAUUUGCCGUCUUGUCUCCUGUUCUGUCGAACGCUACUCUCUAACGUUCAUAAAUAAACUAUUGCUCACCCGCAAACCCGAGUGAA